GUUGGACAUUGGAAGGACAUUGUAUGCUGAAGCCGCUCCGUCAGACUUUGUGCGUUACUAACUGCUACAAAAUCUUACGGGCAAGUUGGAUAGUACGCCUAUGUAGCGAAUUCAAAUCUAUAUAAAAUCCUCCAGACAAAGACUUUGCUAAUAGGCAAUAGUUUGAGUGAAGGCAAAUCAGGGAUGUCUAUCGCUUCUUCACAAAUUUCAGUCCAGUAUGAAUACGGUAAUGCGUUCAUAGGAGGUGUAACUACGGCAAAUGGAUGCAACAAUUAAAAAUAAAGGAACUGGCAUAUACACCCAGUAGGAAACAAGCUGGGCAGUGGGCGCUUGUGAUCUGGAUAUAACCAGAGUGUCUCCUAAUCAUUUACUACAGUUAUACCACGGUAUUCUCCUAAUGAACAUCGGAAUUCGUGAUAAGUCCUAACAUUUUGGCUGAGUGGUUAUGUACAGCACGGUUGCAUAUGACCCCUCAGUCAAUCCAUCAAGACGACCGCAACUCUCCGGCAAAAGCUGCACUUUUUCAUUGUUAUCCUGAUCGACUCUGGGAUUCACGUUUUGAACCAGCUUGCCUUACUAUUUCGAGAGAAUAGCAUGGUUGUGGGAUUUUUUAAAAGUACAAUUGAUGAGUUCGUAGUCUCCAGAUCUUUUAAAACGUGUCUUAGAGGCGUUUCCCCCAUCUGUUUCACAUAGAAACCUUUUUCGGGGUGUUACAGAAAAAACCCAACUUGGAAGCGAUUUCAAGGGUAAACUCCAUAGUCUGAAAUUCUCAAAGUAAUGUUUAGUUGUUCCUUCCUAAUAAGUAUAGGUAGUUUGAGUAUAUAAAGGAGUAUGUGAAGAAUCUUGAUAUGCACGUCAGUUUACUUAUUCAACGUGAUGUUCGGAAAAAAGCCAAUUGUCUUAAACAAGGAAUGCCAGACUGAUACACAGUCACCUUAGUCUUCUAUACGCCUAACACGAAUGCACGACGAAUUUUCAUUCCAGUCAUUUUACCAAUGAGAAUCUUUUGUUGUAAAGUUAAGCAAACUAACUGCAGAUAUGGCGUGAUGGAUUUAAGGGAUUUUAAAUGAUAUUAAAGUGAGUGUAUAAUUGUUAGUUCAGAGACUGGUGUACAUAUGUUCCAGUGGGUGCAUUUAUUUUCGUAUGUGCUGGUGGCUUACUUCGUUACUGUCAAUUUUAUUCACAAAUAAAACGUUGGGCUUCUUUGCCUCGCCAUUUAUUUCUACUCAGUGUAUCUACAUGGUUCAUAACAAAUUGGUGGAGUUGUAGCCUGUAUUUUGGAUAGCUUUGAAGUCCUUGGUGAAACAUCAUACUUGUCCUUAAAAGUGUUCCUGUACUGCUCCUUUUUGUUGCUCCUAACAAAUGUUAGAUGCUUUAUUGUUCGAAUUGUCUUGUUACUUUUACGUAAUACUGACAUUAUUUCCUAACUUCGUUAGCGAAAAGUAGUUAAAUUGGUCUGCUGGCUGAACUAACAAUGAUCUAAGCCUCUCAGCACUAUUGACCAUUACUCAUUUGUAUUUCCUCUGUUUGUGCAUUUGCGUUCUGGACUUUAAGCGGACAGAUUUGAAGCCAGAAGCACUUAAUGACCCUUUCUAUAUUUGUGAAAAACCACAUUUUGCUUGUACUUCUGCAAACUUUAGUUUCGAGUAAAAUUAUUGGUGUUUUACCUGAAAAAUACAGAUCAGUUAUUUAACAUGAGGUCUUUCGAUUGCUUUUUAUAAGGGUGGGUAGUACUUUAGUGUAUAACGGUAGUUUAUCGGCAAGUGAAUGAGGGGGUAUUCAUGUAUAGGGGACACAUCUCACUCAAAGUACAGUGUUAUGGUUUGAUCAUUUGUUUUCCUCUGAAUGACCGGACAGCAUUCUUAAACGCUAUGGAAUAGGUGCCACUCUUAAUCUAACACGCUAAUCAAGAGGUGGUCUUCGUGAGUAUAUAUGUAUGCCUGUGUGUGUUGGAUGUGCACCAAAACUUGCUAGGUUUUUAGUAUUGGUAAGCUGGAGUUUGUCAAUGUCCUUACUUCCUGUCCGUAACAGGAAUAUGUCAUCAGUGUACUGUAGACUCAAUCUCCAGGUGAAAAAUUGACUUCGGUAAGUAUCUGACCAGCGGAAGAUAUCCAAAAAAACUGAGUAUUGUGUGAAGUUAAUAAGAAAUCGAGGAAAAAGUAUGGCUGCUGUUCGGUACUAAAAUAUUUUUCUCUACAAUCUGAGGUAAGUGAAGGUCAGUUAAGUAUGUUGUCCAUCUCCCCGAGGAUGCCGUAGGCUUUAUUGGGCUUAUUAAUCGAGACCAACCGUUAUGCAUUAAAAGCUGGUUAGUUUUAAGUUCCCAAAACCAUUCUAUCUGUGAUUUUCGUGGAAGUAUCAGUCACUUAUAUGAGAUUGGUAUCCUCGAAAAUUGGGCUUAGUUUCUUCUGCUUUUUAGGCAUUCAGUGGUUAUUUUUGACAACUUUUGACAACCCUAGAUUUUGUCUCACGUGCACAGAUAUCUACUUGUUUUCAUACCUCAUUGUCAUUUAGCAUCUGAGUAAAACAUUCUGUUAUCAACUGAACAAGUAAGUCAGUCCGAAAGUCGUGUAUUACGGUGGACGAGAACGAGUUGUCGGACAAGGUAGUAGGGUUUAAUACUCCGUACAAGUCAGGGGCUGUUUUUCACUUGUAGGAUACUGGGCUAUCCAUUCGAUUUAGCCUUUGUUAAGAUGUAUCUUGCGAGCAUUUAUUUUGUCGCCAACUUUUGGAAUCUGAACGAUUAAAACCGUUCUGUUGGAUGAUAGUAAUUAAAUUCGCAAUAUUAUUUUAAAUACAUGGGUGGAUGUUACAAUCACGUGAUAUUUGGUAAAUUUGAAUACGAAAUGGUUGACAGAACGUGUAGAUAACACAUACACGCAAAUCGAUUUGUCGUUUUCGAAAAUGUUAAAGCAAGGCAAGAGUCAAAUGAAUAUUGUAUUGUGAAUAUUUUAUAGUGAACUGCUUCUACGCCAAAAUGUUGGCUGUCAGUUGAAAUGUCGGCUUCUUCAAUUGGUUGUUCUCCGAGACAGGAUGGAACAGCUGUGAAAUGGGCUAAGUUACUUCCCGUUCACGACUCGUCUAUGCAUGAACUUUCUCAAGAAGUGACCACUCUUGGAUCAUCUGAAGAUUGUUCCAUUAUUGUAAGAGAUGAACGUGUUUCCAGUUCACAUUGUAUGCUAAUCAAAGAUCCGGAUAAUGUGGUAUGGUUGUAUGACUGCAGUGAAACUGGCACACGGUGUAAUAAUGGCAAGUGGUUAAAUCAAGAUUGCGUCACUCUGCAUACUGGGGAUUAUUUUCACCUUGUAUGGGAUGAAGUGGAUGCUAGUAGAAGAGUUGGGUUUUGUGUCCUGUUCGCUGAUGAUUGCAAAAGUAUUGAUUCAGUCGGUGAACAUGAUAAAGCCAUAACUUCUCUGGAAUCUCAACCGUCAACGUCAUCAUCUUCGAAUCUGUUGAAGCCAUCAGCAUCAAAGUUAUCAGCUGAGGAUGAAGAUUUAGAGAAAUGUUUAACUUGUGUUAUCUGUGGAGAUAUUUACUUUGAAUGUUGUAGUGUCCAACCAUGUCUGCAUAGUUUUUGUACCCUUUGCUGGUUGAAAUGGCAAAAGUCUGAAUGCCCAAUGUGUCGUAAAGCAGUAUCAGCUUAUGCUAAGAAUCACCAACUGAAUGAUUUGGUCGAGGUGUUCCUUCGUAAAUAUCCAGAGAAGUCGAAGCCGGACGUGGAGCAGAAUGAAAUCAAACAGGAGAUAACACGGUUGACUCCUACUCCUAAUCAAAUUCGUCGGUACAAUCGUCGACACAGAAGAAACAGCCAAAUAUAUACCGUCAGUGGAGGUGGUCGUAAUACGUCACUUUCCUCUGUCAUUCCAACAAUUAAUGCUGUCGUCCCAACUAUCAACUAUCCUACUACCGCAUCGACGACCAUACCACAGAUAUAUAUCCCGUUUGUUGAUGGUUGUGUUGUUUGUUCAUGGUUACCAUCAGAUGGUCGUCGUGGUCGGAGUGUCGAGGAUCGUGUUUCAUACGGAAAUGAAUGCUCAUCUCAUUGUUAUUGCACAUGUUGUCGCCGACCAAUGCCCAGUCAAGCGACAAUACAUGCUCGUGGGAUAAACAGAGUUGAGUGUGAAGUGUGCCGACAUACAUUUUGCUCGUUAAUUAAUCCUAAUGGAUGUUCAGCCUGCGAUGGUUAUUGUUUAUCUCGUGUACAAGAUUUGACACGGUAUACAACACUACCUCGUACAUUGUUAUUAAAUAAUCGUAUAGAGACAGGGAUUCUAGACGUUGACAUGUUUUUGUUAGGUGUUUAUUUGCCAACUAUUACGUUGAAUUGUGCUGAAUGUAUUUCAGAUGACCACCGAUAUCAUAGUGUAUCAUACUUACAGCUUAGUGACUAUCUAACAUCUCAAGGAAUUUCUAUUCCAACCUUUAUUGGACAGUGUCUAACAACAUACAUUUGUACAACAGUGAUCUAUCCAUCUUGUAUACUGAAUGAAAAUUCUAUUAUAUGUAAAAGUUGCGGUGAACAUGUACUCAGUCAAUUAGCCUACAAGUAUCGUUUAUCAAUAUGCGCUGAUCAAUUACCAGAUGAAGUAGUUUUAAAACCAAACUGUUAUUAUGGACGAUAUUGUCGUUAUCAAACAAGUAAUUAUCAUCAUGCUAGACGUUUUAAUCAUAUUUGUGAAAGAUCAUUUUAA